CAAAAUCUUCGGAUCUGUAUUAGUUCUAUCAACAUCAUGAAUUUUAAUACCAACACAAUCUCCUUGAUUAAAUUUAUCAGCGAAGUUUCUUAAAUGUUCAUCAUACAAUUUCCGUUUUUUAUUUGCCAUAGUUAAGUAAUUCUCCGUUGCUUGUUUACGUACUGAUUCAUGUCUAUGUGAUGGUACAGAAAAGGCCAAAGAACUCGAUGAACAUGAAGCAUUAGCAGUGAACAAUGUGGAAGGAAUAACAACUGGUGAUUAAGAAGCAUCGAAAGUUAGAUUAGCAACGGCUUCAGUUCCAACACAUGAUCCUACAAUAGAAUUUAGAUCAUCAAGAACAUCAAAACUACGAAAAAAAUUAUCUAAAACUAUUACAGAAGGUGGUGCCAACAAAACAUGUGAAACAUGUUUUGAAGGUGGAGGAUCAAAAGGAAUGAGAUUAUCAAUGAAAAAUGAAGGAUUAAGAACAGGAGCAGUGCAAACAGAGGUUGUAUUCAGAAAUCGAACUGAACCUGCCUCUUCACCGCCUCAAUCGAACCGACAAAAAGUAUCGGAUACAUCACCAGCGCCCCCAGCUACUGAUGGUAGCAUAAAUCCAUGGGAUCAAGCUCAAAUAUGGAUAGAAAGUGUACAGAAAGAAGAUACAACACGAAAACAAUGGCAAAAGAUGUAUGGCUUUUUGGCUGACUAUGAUCCAAAAGGAAACCUUAAAGUACGAACAAAAACAUUAGAAAACACUACUCGUUUCUCAAAUACGCUACCAAAUUCACGUGGUCACGACUACGGUUGGCGAUUACAAACUGAUGUUGGACAACAAAUUAAAAAUAUGCAAAGUCAAUUUGAUGAACAGUUUCGUAUACGUGUACCUAAGGAAGUAUUAGGAUAUGAUUAA